AUGGCCGACGAAGGAGUUGCAAGCCGUUACCAGGUGCUGGAAGAGCUCGGACGCGGCAGCUUUGGCGUCGUGUAUAAGGGCAUUGAGAAAGCGACAGGGGAGACGGUCGCAAUUAAACACAUUGAUCUCGAGUCGAGCGAGGAUGACAUCCAGGAAAUCCAACAGGAGAUCUCGGUGCUCAGCACAUGCGCCAGCAGCUACGUCACGCAAUACAAGGCGAGCUUUCUGCGAGGCCACAAGCUAUGGAUUGUCAUGGAAUAUCUGGGAGGCGGCUCCUGUCUUGACUUGCUAAAACCGGGCGCCUUCAAUGAAGUCCACAUUGCCAUCAUCUGCCGGGAACUGCUGCUAGGUCUCGAAUACCUCCAUUCCGAGGGGAAGAUUCACCGUGACAUCAAGGCUGCAAAUGUGCUGCUGUCCGAGACGGGCAAGGUCAAGCUUGCAGAUUUUGGCGUCGCUGCACAGCUGACGUACAUGAAGUCGCAGCGGAACACAUUUGUUGGCACCCCGUUCUGGAUGGCCCCUGAGGUUAUCCAACAGGCUGGCUAUGAUUUCAAGGCCGACAUCUGGUCGCUGGGCAUCACAGCCAUUGAGCUGGCGCUGGGCGAACCGCCACACGCCAGCACCCACCCCAUGAAGGUUCUCUUCCACAUCCCCAAAAACCCCCCUCCGAGGCUCGAAGGCAAAUUCAGCAAAGAGUUCAAAGAUUUUGUCGCACAGUGUCUGGUCAAGGACCCCGAUUAUCGGCCCACAGCUAAGGAGCUUCUGAGGCACAAGUUCAUUCGGUCGGCAGGCAAGGUAGAAGCACUGCAGGAGUUGAUUCAGCGCAAACGGAUGGCAGAUGCCAAGGCCGACAGCGUAAAGAUCCCGGCCUACUACCAGGAGACACUUCAAACCAUUUCUCCCAAGGACGAGGCCGACGAGUGGGUCUUCGAGACGGUGAAGUCGGUAGCGCCGAAGAGGGGCACUGUCAGAUCGAGAAAACCAUCUUCGGCAUUCUCAGUUGAGGAUGGCUUCCGCAAGCUGGAUCUUAAAGAUGGGCCUCUCCAGCCCAAUACCCCCGGGACGGUGCGGAAAUCAACUGUGCGCCGCCAGCCGUCGACUGCCGCGCGCCAGAGCUCUAUCAGCCGCCACGUUUCCAAUGGCUCGCCACGUUCCUCUCUUGCCCCAAAGCGGCCUCUGCAGCCAGAUAUGUCCUUUGGCAACUCCGGCUCCACCAUGCGGCUCUUCCGUCGCGUGCCCUCUGACGGCUCAAACCCGGGCAGUCUCGGCACAUCUCCUCCCGACUUCACCAGCACCGACGAAAACCGCCCUCCUCCAGCAUACCACGCACCGGUCGAGCCAAACAGCAAAGAAGCCAUGCUCGGCCGCCGGCUAUACAACAAAGCCCUCGAGCCCUGUCUCGACGAGCUCCACGCCCAAACAGCCGCCUCGACGAAACGAGAAGCCCUGGCAAGACUGUCCGAUGCCUUCGCUCUGCUGGACGCGGUCGAUCCCGAAGGCGCCUACCAUUUCCUGCGUAACCUGGUCUCGGCUGUAUCUCAGGAUUCCAGGCUCAGCAACGCCUUCCUCCCGCAGCAAACUGGUAUUCUCUCGUCGAAGUCACCAAGCGACGGCGGCACUCCGCAGGCACAGGGAACAGUGGUGAUCAAAUCCCCGCAGCGGCCUUCCACCUCCAAUUCCUCCUCCAUUUCCCAUUCCCAAACCGCCACCAACACGGCCACCACAACGAAUCCCCCUUCGGUACCCGCAAGCCCCACAAAGCUGGUCAUGUCCCAAGAGAACCCGCACCUCAUGAGCCAUCACCGCAGGCGCGGGAGCAUGCUGCCCGACUCGCCCGCUGCCCCGAGAUCCCCGGAGAAGGAGAGAGGGGAGAAGGACCGGGACAGAGAAAAGGAAAAGGAAAAGGAGCGGGAGAGGGAGCGGGAGCGGGAACGCAUGACCCUGCUCGAGGCACGGUUCCCCGGCCGCCCGGCCGUGCCCGGCAUGGAGCACUGCAAGGCGCUUUCGGACCUGCUGUACGCCCGCUGGACCGACGGCUUGAGGGCCCGCUGGGGG